AUUAUAGUUUAUUGCCAACUUGUUAUUGGAAUGUUUUAGCUGUAAUUUGUUAUCCAACAUCUUAUUUACUGAAGAUAUCUCCUGCAUAUAAUAGAUACCCAUAAUACAACGAAGCUUUUCAUUCUUAAAAUGUUUGUCAGAUGCGAAGUUUGUGUCUUGGUGUUUCUGUACGUGCAAUCAGUGGCGAGCAGGGUUGAUCGGGAGCCAGAAUGCUCCCGGUUCCAUUACGACGAAAAACUCCUUGAGAAGAUGGUUAGGAUGGAGUUUAACGUAGAGCGCCUACAGCAAAGACUUGAUAGCGUUUCGGAGUCUGUUGGGAAAUUGGACGAUAAAGUGAACGAUAAAGUUGGAUUCGUGUAUAUCCACUGGGGCCGUGAUUCUUGCCCUACAGGGUCUUCGUUCAUCUAUGACGGAUUUGUGGCAGGUUCCCACUAUACUCACACAGGAAGUGGCGUGAACUAUCUAUGUCUAUCCAAGGAACCAAGAUGGGCUAACGGAAAUCCAACGGCAUCAAGCGUUGGUAUAAUACAUGGUUCAGAAUACGAGACCUCGUCGGCAAAUAUCUGGACGCAUCUCCAUGACAACGAGGUUCCUUGUACAGCGUGUAGAUCCAGAGGACCGACCAUGAUGAUCCCAGGAAGAAAUAUUUGCUACGAAGGAUGGAAACUUGAGUACCACGGAUACCUGAUGACAACGUAUCACGGUCACGCCGGCAGCAAAGAAUUUAUCUGCGUAGAUUCAGAUGCGACGGUUGCAGAAGGGAGCAAUUCUGGCGACCAAGACGGAGCCUUGCUGUAUUUUGUGAAGGCUGUGUGUGGUUCACUGAAGUGUCCACCGUACGACGGAAGUAAACUCAUCACGUGUGCGGUCUGUUCCCAAACUAAAUAAUC